AUGGUAGAGAGCACCACUGAGACUUACAAAGUUCAGUUCGUGAAGCACGAAUUACAAGAUGGCCAUGCCGCCUAUCUCAUUAAAGUUGUGGCUCCUGGCAAUAUAAUCUUCCACAUCAGAGAUAGAUACUCUUCAAUGAGAAAUUUCUAGUCACUAAUUAAAAAGCAAUUUAAUUUGAAGACUUUUCAUGGAUUUCCAUAUUUUCCACCUAAAAAAGCUUUUGGAAACACGAGCAAUGAUUUUUUGAACAACAGAAUGACUUAAUUACAGACAUUCUUCAACAAUUUCUUCGCUAAUAAAGAUAUUGCUAAGAGUCCAAAUAUUAUACUGUACUUCAAGGAGAAAGUAGCUGAAUAGUAAUCACAGAAAAAAGUUGAGGAACUUAUCGAGUAUCUCCACUAAAAAUCAAACAAAAGCUAGCAAGCUCCUCAAUAGCAGUAGAGAAAUCAGCAAUAAAAUUAAUAGCAAUAAAACAAUAAUAACUUUCAAGGCUAAUAGCAAUAGAUAUUCAAAGAGGACUAGCCCAAAAUUUCCAACAUGAUGGUGUCUUAAUCUUAAAAUACAAACUUUGAUAUCAAGACAUUUGAAGCUGAAUGCAGAAAGAUUGUUGGAGACAUUUCUGAUAAGUUCCUCGAUCUCGGCCUAGAUGAUGGAAAUCACUCUGAUUAUGGAAACAUGAUUCAAAAACAAGAGAAAUUCGCAAAAGAGUUUGAAAGAUUCCAAUUCAAUUUCGAGAGUCAUCAACUUCACCUUCCAAAAGCAAGUCAUAACAGUGAUGAAAUCAUUGAAGAACAUGACCAGACUCUCGGUAGCGCCCAUGCUCACUUGGGGAAUGACUUAGACAGAAUCCAUGAAAUCAUCAGAAAAUAGAUUAAAAACCAAAUGCUCGCUGAGGGGCAACUCAUUCAAGUAAACUGA